UUCAUUGAAUUUUCAUCAUCUAUCGCGUUCUUUUUCUCAAAUUUCCUCAUCGAGUGAAUUUUCUCGUCAAAUUGUAUAAAUUUCGAAUUCAUAGAAAUUGUGACAUGCGAACAAAGACUCCGUAAUGGCGGUCGUAGAAAUUUCGAAUAUCGGCAUUUGUAGCAUUUAAUCAUAGAGGGGUAUGAAAUAUCAACGUUUACUGUUUCACGUUCUUUUAAAAUUGUAACUAAUACCGCGAUGAUUGCACCUCUAUUGAUGAAUUAACGCAUAUGAAAACCCGGCAUCGUAUUAAUGCAUCUAAUUCGAUCGUAGUUUUUGUUUUAAAUGUAUUGAAACGUUUAAGUUGACUUAAGUAGUAACUCUAUUAUGUAUCUAUAUUUUAUCAAGAAAAUAUUAUAGUAGUUACUCUCUUUACAAGGUUUAUCAAGUGUUUGAAUGAUUCGUUGCGGAAUCCGCAACAAUUGAGAAAAAUUCACCGAAAUUCCAUGGCGCUUCCUAGUCGAGCCAGAGUUUACGCAGAUGUAAACGCGCACAAACCGAGAGAAUAUUGGGAUUAUGAGUCUUACGUAGUUGACUGGGGAGUUCAAGAUGAUUACCAGUUAGUGAGAAAAUUAGGUCGCGGCAAAUAUAGCGAAGUAUUCGAAGGCAUCAAUGUUGUUAAUAAUGAAAAAUGUGUUAUAAAAAUAUUAAAACCAGUCAAGAAGAAAAAAAUUAAAAGAGAGAUUAAAAUAUUAGAAAAUUUAAGAGGAGGCACUAACAUAAUUACUUUACAAGCGGUUGUCAAAGAUCCGGUCAGUAGAACUCCGGCGUUGAUAUUCGAACACGUUAAUAACACCGAUUUCAAACAACUAUACCAAACUUUAACCGAUUAUGACAUUAGAUAUUACCUUUACGAAUUACUCAAAGCGUUAGAUUAUUCUCAUAGUAUGGGUAUUAUGCAUCGAGACGUGAAACCUCAUAACGUAAUGAUUGACCACGAACACAGAAAGUUACGUUUGAUCGAUUGGGGUUUAGCCGAAUUUUACCAUCCAGGACAAGAAUACAAUGUUCGUGUCGCUUCUAGGUAUUUUAAAGGUCCCGAGUUACUCGCAGAUUAUCAGAUGUACGACUAUUCGUUGGAUAUGUGGUCUUUAGGUUGUAUGUUGGCCAGUAUGAUAUUUAGGAAGGAACCAUUCUUCCAUGGUCACGAUAACUACGAUCAGUUGGUUAGAAUUGCUAAAGUUCUAGGAACAGACGAACUAUUCGAUUACUUGGAGAAGUAUCACGUCGAGCUUGAUACGAAAUUCGGCGAUAUUCUCGGAAGACAUUCGAGGAAAAGAUGGGAACGAUUCGUUCAUGGUGAAAAUCAACAUCUCGUUUCUCCCGAAGCUAUCGAUUUCCUUGAUAAGCUAUUACGAUAUGACCACUACGAACGGUUGACCGCUCGAGAAGCCAUGGAUCAUCCUUAUUUUUAUCCAGUUGUUCGAGAUCAAAAUCGCUCCAAUAUGUCUACUUCUUCUCCUACGCCAGUGCCAGGUAAAUCAUCUUCUAAUUCAAUCAUUGGAUCACCCAGUCCGGUUGGUUUGCAACCUUAAAAAAAAACAAUAAUUUAGGUGGUCGCAAAAAUAUGACUCCUUCGUCGUCGUCACCGCCGCCACCGCCGCAGCAACAAAAAAACAACUCCGACCACCGUACAAUUUCGGUGAAAAUCCGUACAAAAUAAUAAAUACCGCCUACACUGAUUACGAUACUUAUUACGCAAGUUGAAUACGUAUACACGUAGAAAAUUGAAUUUUCAUUUUCAUUCGUCCGAUCAUCUUUUUUUCGGAUAUUAUCCGCAGUAUCCGCGCGCGUACACGACGUUACUGUACUGUGAUCUAAGUGUAUUGAAAUUUUCGCGUCAUUUUCUGGAUCUUUAUUCUGUUUUAACGAACUUCCACGUACGUUAUUUUCAUAGAGGAAUGUGUCCUCCGGCGCAUCAGUCAACACUGCGCACUGCAGCCGAAAUUCUCUUCAACGGAUAUUUUUUUUUCUAAUUUUAAUUGCAGGGACAUUUAAUAUUUAAAGCAAUUUGUUAAUAAUUUAAAAUGAAUAAGAAAACCUGUUUCGUGUAUUUGUUGGUUUUUUUUCUCUUCUAAUUAUUUUUUCUUUUUUCGUUCGUUAUUGUAGAUGAAUUUUUCAUUUCAUUAAUUUUUCUUUUGUUUUACUAUUUUAUUUAUUUUUUUCUCUCUCUUUCUAUAUAUGGUUUUUAAAAUAUUAUGAUGCUGUUUUAAUGUAUUCCCCCGAUAACGUUCGGUUAUUGUUAAAUUUGUUUAACCAAGUUUUUUCUCCCCCUCUCUUUUUAUUAUUCCUUUUCAGUAUAAGAGAUCUUUGUAAUUAUGUAUAAAAUUGGUAGCGUUAUUAACUUAAUAUAUCGAUUCCCAAACGAUAGUUAUGUAAGAUUGAUAAAAAAAAAAGAAAAAGUUUACACGUCUUAUGAUAUUAUUAUUUUACUGCGAGUACACGAAAUUAUUUAUAGAAUAUUUAUUUUUUUGAGUUUUUCGUUUUUAGACGCGAGUUGAUGAGGCCGGAAUCACUACGAUUACUUUUGUACGCAAUUGUUUCGAUAUAAAUAAGCGAAUCGUAAAUCUUGUGCUGUUUUUUCUUUUUCGUGUUUAGGUUUUUUUUUUCAAAUGCCUUUUUUCCUUGUUGAUGAAUGAGUUGGUUGCAUAUAUUUUUUUUUCGACGGUCGUUUGGGUUUGGAGAUAUUAUUUGGUUGUGUAUAUUGAAUUCUGAUUGUUCUGUACUAUUUUUUUUUUCUUAUUCUUUCCUCGUAGUUAAUUUGAAAAGGGGGUUUAAAAAAUUUUGAGUACAGUAAUGGCGCGUACUGGAUGACGUUUAUUUAUUCGUUGUUUUUUUUUUCAUUUCAAUCGAUUGAAAAGAAGCUGAAUCGAGCGAUACGUUACGAUACCGAAAGUGUUUUGUCUUGUGUAAUUAUUUUUACGAGCUAGUAUUUUUUUAUAUAUAUUUUUCAAUCGCUUACGUGUGCAAAAAAACGUAUGUAAUUACGUGUUGACGUUACUUCUACUUGUACUUGUACUACUUCUACUACUACUACGAGAAAUAGAUAUAUUUUAUUAUUAUACUUAAUAUAUAAAUUCGUUCAACA